UAAGCUCGGCUCAGCUCAGCUCGCACUGAUACUCAUUUUUCCCUCGAUGAUUCUCUCAAAUCGAACCUAUUCCUUCCAGAUCGGCGUGAAUCGAUUCGCCUAAGAAAGGUAGCGUUUUUCUCGUCGUUAUCUUCCUCGUUCGCGGUUUCGUAUCGUCUCGAGUCUCUGCAAGGAGGGCGAGGUACCUUUGGAAGUAGCCCUGUGGGUGGGGGGAAAUGGGGACCCUUCCGAUCGAGCUGAUCACCGAGAUACUGGACCGAUUGCCGGUGGAGUCGCUGCUCCGGUUCAGGUGCGUGUCGAGGCGGUGGCGUAGCACGAUAGACAGCCCUCGCUUCGUGAAGUCGCACCUCAGCCGGUCCGUCGAGUCGAGCACCAACCUCAGCCUCUUCCUCAGGCACUCCUCCAGCCUCUACUGCCUCGAUCUGGGGUCGCUGCGCAGCGUGGUGGAGAUGAACUACCCUCUCAUGUGCUACAGCGACCAGAUCAAGGUGCUGGGCUCUUGUCAUGGCCUGCUCUGCAUUUCCAACGCGGCCGACGACGUCGUCAUAUGGAAUCCCUCUACUAGGAAGCAUAAGUUCUUGCCUUAUUCGGCUGUCGAGGUACGACGCGCAUCGGCUUUCUCUGUUUGCGUUUAUGGGUUUGGGUAUGACGAUGGGAAUGAUGAUUACAUGUUGUUGAGGCUGGUUCAGCUCGUCACUGAGCCGAUUGAAUCUGAAGUUAGUAUCUAUAGUUUGAAAAAUAACGCGUGGAAGCGGCUCCAUGAUAUGCCUUACUCCCUGGUUUAUCCCCGGAAAAUGGGGGUUUUUGCGUGCCGUCGUCUGCACUGGAUAAUGACUCGGGAGCUGGUCUCGGAUUCAGCAAACCUGUUGGUGGCUUUUGAUUUCCGUAUUGAGGAUUUUAAGCUCGUGGACCAGCCUGAUGUUAUAGAUAAUAAGCUUGACAUGGAUGUGGCCGUCCUGGGAGGGUGUCUUUGCCUCAGCAUUAAUGACAAUCACAUGGGUGUCGACGUGUGGAUUAUGAAAGAUUAUGGAUUGAAAGAAUCAUGGGCUAAGUUGUUCUCGAUUCCUCAAUCUGAAGUUGCGAGGCCUCUUGGAUUUGCCCGGCCACUGGCUUACUCCCAGAAUGGUCGUCAAGUUUUGGUGAGACAAGACAGUAAGAAUCUUGUUUGGUAUCAUUUAGAGACUAAGUGCAUCAAGAAGGUCAAUAUAAGUGGCAUGCCAAGUUCCUUUGAAGCAGAAAUUUGUUUGAGAACCCUUGUUUCGGUCGAUGAUUAUGGAGGAAUCACCAAGAAGAGGCAGCAGCAAUUAGAAGAGAAGGAGAAUAGGAACAAGAGGGAUGACUUCCUCUCAGUGGGUUUCAAGCUUGUUCUCUGAGCUAAUGGAGGCAUAGUUGUGCAAGGGCGGGCUUGCCAUGACUGCCAAUUGGUUUUUCCAGGUGCGGCAUACUACUCAGCGUAAGGAAAUGCAAUAGGCGAGGUACAUUUGUUUGCCUCAGUAUUUAGAUUCAUGGCUCAACUUUCUACGAUAUGGACCAACGUAUCAUCAGCAAUGGUUUAGCAAAAACAUGGACGGAUCAACGAUAGAUUGAUUUGCACAACUUACCUUUCAGCCAGCAAGUAGAGAAUACUUUUUCCUUUCCAUGGAGAUCAAACUGCUGAUUUGUGCAGUAACACGGAGAAGAACCAAUUAGGACAAGUAAGGAAACCUACUAUCAGACAAGCCUGCAGGCUAGAACCAUACAACUCGAAAUUCAAGCUAUGGAUUGCAAUAUUCCUUGGAUAGUGCAUAAUAAGUUGGCCCUGUUGUUCUGCCCCUUCAAGUCCUUGAACCCAUGCUUCAAUUUGCCCACGGCUAACAACGCCUUGGUGAGAUUUUCGUUGAAGGAGGACAUGACGUCCCUUAAUUGAGUCCUCUUGGCACAAGAUUUCUCUUGAGAUUUUCUCCAACAACGGCAAUAGGGGUUACAACUGAUUCUGACAUUCUCUCAACCACUUGGUGUGCAUUACUGACUCUCUGAACCAUGCUCUCUACAACUCGAUCUAAUGCCAUUUGUCAUGGGCAGACAAUUGAGAUCGUGAACUGUGCGGCACUUAGGCUCCAAAUGACUCGUUCACCCCUUAUUAUAGUCGUCUAAGCUCUGCCUCCUACAGAACUAUUGCUCACUUUGCCCAUCUCGAAUCUUUACAGAGAAACUUUAGAGAGAUGAGUGUUUAUACUUGAACCGACAGUUGUUCUCGUAUCUGAAAUUCCAACCAGCUAGCUUGCCUUUGACAUCAUUAUCGACACCUCUAUAGAAAAUUGACGUUCUAGGACUCUACAAGAUGCUGGAGGAGGAAUGUGACAUGUGGAUCCUGCAACAUUCUCCCCGAGAAUACUUGAAUGUCCUCAAUUGAAAAUUACAAUUGACUGCAGCAGUGGCAAGGUUUGGGGUUGUAAACAUGCUCCAAAUGGAUGGAUCAUGGGCCCCUCUUGAAAGAUUUUUUGUUAAUACUGAUUGUCACAAGUUGAGUAGAGUGGACGAGCAGAGCCUUCUUCUGAAAAUGACAUUUUUGUGGAACCUGAGAGCGUUCACGAUCAGUGGAGGAAAGGUUCCAUUCAUGUCAGUAGCAUGUGCUUGCAGGCUUUUAUUGAUCAAAGUGCCAAAAUGAAAAUAAGCUGCUUCAGUGUUUGUCUUCCAAGAGCAAAAGGUGACUUGUAAGUUUUGUGGAGAGAAGCAUGGGUAACAAUAGCGGAUGAUACUGGCUAUAGCAGCUGAAGAAGCUUUAUAUCGAUUCUAAUCGAUAACCUUUGUGCCAUCUUGGUAUGUUAUGCUAGGAAGUUUGUGUUCGAUACAGUUCAGCGGCAAUGUACCACACAUGAAAGUUGCUACGGCCAUGUUUUUAUGAUAGUGCCUGGAACACUAUUAGAACGGAGCAUCUAUCAUGGCCCGGCCAAGCCAAUCCAUGUGAAGCAUUGCUCUAUAACAAGCUCUGUUAAACAUUCCAUACCCAGUGGGUUGAAGGCACUCCGAUUGCCUGAGAUUGAGGAGUGUCAUGCAAUGUUGUUGCUUAAUGGGAGGGUUUUUUCUGACUAAUUGGGCGUCAGUUGUUCUCCAAGGAAAGAGUUUCCCCCUUAUGAAGCAUUGUUCCAUAGCGCAAGUGUUAUAUGGUCCAUACUCCACAGGUCGAAGGCAUUCGAAUUGCCCGAUAGUGAGGAGACUGAGGAAUGUCGUGCAAUGUCGAUUAAUGGGAGAGCUUUUUAUGACGAACCGGAGGGUCAAGCUCGUCUCCAAGGAAAGAGUCCCCUGAUGACCUCAACUUUUGCGGGGUCUUUCAUAUGUACAGAUUAAAUAUCGAGGGUGAAUGUUCCUUUUUUUUCCCCCUUAAAACGUUGUCCUGUUAGAAUGGGGGCUUGAGCACCUCAUUUGAUGCUAUCUGCGGGGUUGGUUAUGUCGGUGUCUGAAAUGUCAAUUUUCGAGGCUGUGGUGUUGUUUGUUGAGUGUUGGAUUUCAUCAAAAGCAUUGGGAAGGUCUGCCUUGUAAUAGCCCAAUCUGAAUCUGUUGUACUCGGGAGUGUACUUCAAAUGCAUUUUGUGGUUUGAAUGUAGUUU